GUUGUGUGUGUACUUGUGGAGGUGCCACUCUUUUUGCUCGCAGACUUCGGUUUGGUUCUCACCAGAACCAGUUUGACAGCAGAGCGAGAUUCUCUUUCAGCUGUGGAAUGAGGAAGGAGCCAAAGUAAUGCAGCGUUUGUGACUGACACCAGUAGGCAAGACAACUAUGUAACGUUGAGACCACACCGUGGAGAUACGAGAAGCCGCAUAAUUUGUUCCUGAUGUUUCCGAGUAUGGAAGCUGGCAGAGAUAAAGUAUGUUUACCCCGGAGCUCGUCCUGAAAAAACGAACAGAGAUAGUGCAUGCUUUGUCUAGCAGCGGCUCAGCCGAGCAUCUGGAAAGAAUCCUGGACAUACUGCUGGCCCAAGGUGUGCUUGCAUGGGAGGAAUACCAGAGCAUACAAGUACAGGGUAGGACGCUGUACACCAAUGCCAGACAGCUGCUCGACCUGAUACAGACAAAGGGUGCAGACACCUGUGGCGUGUUCCUGACUGCUGUCAAACAGGUCAUCCCUGGAGACCAGGGUGCUGACAUCUUCUCUGAAGAAGAAAGAGGAGUAUCACAUAAAACUGUGACUUGCGCACUUCUAACUCAAAGACCAGGACUGGUGAAUGAGCUCCAAGGCUGCAUUGAAGGUGCUCUGAAAACUCUGGUUGAUUCAGGACACUUCACCUCGACAGAAUGGAAUGAGGUGCAACUGCCAAUAUACACACCCUCCCAGAAGGCAAGAUGUUUGAUUGACCAAGUGAGAUCAAAAGGAGAGGCAGCAACGAAGGUUCUGCUCCAAUACCUUCAACAAAGACAUGCGUGUGGAUACACACACAACCAGGAGAAAUGGACUCCUCCCCAAGAGUUCUUAAGGUAUCAGAAGAAGCUUAGUAGUACCGUGUCGGCCCAGUCGUGUUUCCUCAGCAGUUAUGGAGGGAUGAGCCACAUGCCUCUGGAUGACAUCUACACUGAAAGCCAGCUGGAGCUAGCUCAUGAUUCUGUUGGUGUUCAUAGCCCUUUGGACAUAGAGGACAUUGUUGGUAGCCUGGGUACAGUGAAUGAGGAGGCCGACACUGUUCUAGUAUCUGGAGAAGCAGGCAGCGGAAAGAGCACUCUACUCCAACGGCUGCACUGGCUUUGGUCACGAGGAGCUGCCCUCCAGGACAUUCUCCUUCUCUUCCCAUUCAGCUGUCGACGACUGAACUCAGAGCAGAGGGAACUGUCUGUACAUGAGCUGCUCUUUCAUCACUGCUGCUGGCCAGACAGGGAACAAGAAAACAUUUUCCAAGUCAUCCAGGACCACCCAGAUCUCAUCCUCUGUACCUUUGAUGGCCUGGACGAGCUCAAGCAGAGUUUUUCAGAUGAGCUCCAUCUUUGCUGCCCGACUGAACGUGCCCCUGUUUCUGUAAUAUUGUUCAACUUACUCCAGGGUUCCUUACUGAAGGGAGUAAGGAAAGUGGUGACAAGUCGCCCAGAAGCAGUGGGACCUGUGUUGAAGAAACAUUUUCGCAAAGAGAUCCUCCUGAAGGGCUUUUCCCCCAGUGGGAUAGAAUGUUUUGUGAGGAAACACCACAGCGACUCUGUGGUAGCUGGUAAGGUUUUAGAGUCCCUACAGACAAAUACUGCUUUACUUGGAUUGUGUCACACUCCAGUCCUCUGCUGGAUUGUCUCGCAGUGCCAUAAAGAGCUUCUAGGCUGUGGAGGUGGCAGCCCACAAACCAUCACAGAUGUUUACCUCAUGAUCUUACAGCACUUUUUCCAGCAUCAAGACUCCCCGAAGAGCACUGCUACAGAAAGUUGGCUACAGAAAAACUUAAAAACAAUCUUACAUUUGGGGCAACUUGCUUUUGGGGGGAUAAGCACCUCCUGCUAUAUAUUUUCCAAUGAGGACCUGGAGACAUGUGGUGUGACCAUGAAGGAUAUUGCUAUAGGGUUUCUCAUACAUACCAAAGACAUGUCAUCUGCCUUUAGCAGACGGUAUGAAUUCCUUCACGUGACUGUGCAAUGUUUCUUUGCUGCCCUAUAUAUUGUUUUGUCAAACGACACAGACCGUUGGACUAUCCCUAAGCUCUUUCAAUCACAGGAAGUGAAGGAGUCAGGCCGGCGCACUGCCUGCUUCAAGUGUUUACCCUCCUCUGACAAUCAACAAGUUUUAGAGAAGGAGACCAAAAUGACAGAAAGACUAAAUCUGCAAAUCACAGCUACUUUUGUGUCUGGACUCCUGUCCCAGCAGCAUCAAAAUCUACAACUUCACUGCUGCUCCAGUGUGACAUUUGACAAGAAGGUCAGGCAAGUUAUGAAAUGCUUGUCCAAAGGCAUGCAGAAACACUUUAAGUCUAUUCCUCAGCCUGUACCAGGAGAGAAGAAGAGCAUGCACGCAAUGCCAAGUUUUGUCUGGCUUAUCAAAUGCAUCUACGAAUUACAAGAGAGCGAGCUUGCCAAAGAUGCAAUGCAAAAGCUGCAGGUAGACCACUUGAAACUGACCUACUGUAACAUUGGUCCUGUAGAAUGCACUGCUUUAGCCUACGUGCUCCAACAUUUAAGCAACCCUAUAGGCCUGCAACUGGACUACAACUCUAUAGGAGAUGUUGGUGUAGAGCAGCUUCUUCCCUGCAUGCAAAAAUGUCAUGCUCUGUAUCUCCGAAAUAAUAGCAUUACAGAUGAGGGGAUCUGCAAACUGAUUUCUAAGGUUAUUCACUGUGAAAACCUCCAGAAAAUUGCGCUCUUCAAUAACAAGUUAACCGAUGCCUGCACACAUCACCUUUCUCAUUUACUGAAGACCAAGCAGAAUUUCUGCUCUCUACGGAUUGGCAACAAUAAUAUAACAGCAGAAGGAGCGUGUCGGCUGGCGGAGGGACUGAAAUUCAAUCGUUCACUGCAGUAUUUAGGGCUUUGGGGCAAUAAAAUAGGUGAUGCAGGAGCAGAAGCUCUUGCCAGUGCACUUGAAAACAGCAACACCCUGGUGUGGCUAAGUCUGGUUGGUAAUGGCGUAGGAAGCACAGGAGCUUGUGCCCUAGCCAAUAUGAUCAAGAAGAGCACAAGUCUGGAAGAGCUUUGGUUGACAGAAAACUGCAUAACCAGAACAGGGGUGGAAUGUCUGAUUGAAGCUCUGGAACAUAAUACUCAAGUGAAGUCUGUGUGGUUGAGGAACAAUAACCUCAGUGUGGACGAGGUAGAAGAAAUGAAACAACGUGAAUCAAGACUGGUUUUCUGACUUUGUAUUCAGUCUCUUACAAUGGGAGUUGCAUUAAAUAGUGCUUCAUUAUAAUUAACAAUUUAUAUUAAAAUGUGAAAUCUAACCAGUGUUCUCAAUAAUUUCUUCAAGGCUUCUACUCAGAAGAGCAA